AUGGACGACGAGCUGAUCGCCAACUUCACGGCCUUCACCGAAGCCACCCCCGAACGCGCACGCCAGUACCUUACCUUGACCGAAAACAACCUCGAGCAAGCCGUUCAACUCUACUUCGACAAUGGCGGCAUCGACAUGGGUGCCACCUUCCCCCAGCAGCCUGCCCAACCUGCCCAACCAGCAUCACGCCGCUACAACCAAGACAACAACGGCGUUGUGACGAUAGACUCCGAUGACGAUGAACCUGCCUAUGAGGACGACGAGGCUAUGGCAAGACGCUUACAGCAGGAGGCUUAUGGAACCGCCGGUGGUGAAGAGCAAGUCAGAGCACCCAUGGCCAGAACUACCGAGACCCUUGUCGGCCCUGGUUCCACAUGGGUUGGUGAUGAUGGGGAUGAUGUCGACGCUGCCGUCCAGGAGCAGAUGAUGGCACGUCAGAGAAGAGCCAACACACGACCCGGUAUCUUCAACCAAGUCUCGGUAUGGGAUGAUGCCAACGGCUUCGCAACUCCUUCCGAUCCCGAAGCUCACCGUCGCAAUCUCGCCCGUGCUACUGGUGGUGCAUCAGAACAAUCGUCCAAGUCAACUCUACUCGCCGAACUCUUCAGACCGCCCACCGACCUCAUCUCGCCUCUGUCGUUCCAAGAUGCCCGCGACGAAGGAAAAGAGGACGAGAAGUGGAUAAUCGUCAACGUUCAAGACCCAUCAAUUUUCGAUUGCCAGGUCCUCAACCGCGAUAUCUGGAAGAACUCACAAAUCAAGGAGACUGUCCAGGAGAACUUCAUCUUCUUGCAGUACUCCAAGGACGACCCGCGCGGCAACCAGUAUGUGCAGUACUAUUUCCAGAACAGAGACAGCGAUGACGCAUACCCACACGUCGCCAUCGUUGACCCCCGAACUGGCGAGCAAGUCAAGGUUUGGUCAGGUGCUCCCGUUCCGAAACCCGCCGACUUUCUCAUGGACUUGCAUGAGUUCCUGGACCGCUACAGUCUGAAAGCGUUCGCGAAGAACCCGGUGGCUACCCGCAAGCCCGAGAAAAAGUCCAAGGAUGUUGACAGAAUGAGCGAGGAGGAAAUGCUGGAGAUGGCCAUGCAAAACAGCUUGCAACAAGGUGGCGCAACAGUCAAGGACGAUGAUCCAGACGCCCUUACCAAGGCAGAGUCAAGCAAGGGCAACAACACAGCUGUCGAUCCCGAUGCUAUGGAUAUCGCCGACACAGGAGUCCCGAUCGAGAAUGCAGAGACAGAACCCUCAGCGUCGCAAGCUGGUCCCUUCGCUCAAAUCGCAUCCGACAAGCCUCACACUGAGCCUACAGAUCCGGCAUCGUCGACUCGUAUCCAGUUCAGAUACUCUGGUGGAAGACAGAUCAGACGCUUUGGACUGCAAGAAGAAGUACGCCGUAUGUACGAGUGGCUCAAAGCAUCGCCCGUCGAGGGCAAGCAAGGUGUCGACUUUGAGCUUGUCUUCAUGGGCCGCAACCUGAUCGAGGCGUUGGAUCAGACGAUUGAGGAGGCUGGGCUCAAGAAUGGUUCGGUCAUGAUCGAGUUCCUUGAGUAA